UAAACUGCACUCUGUGAGCGUUCACUACUCAAAGUGCUGCUUCACUGAACCUGUCUCUCAUCAUGCAUCUGCUGCAAAACAUCCUGUUGCUGCUGGGCAUUGGUCUAGUUCAGAGCCGUGCCAUACAGGUGCUGGUUGAUGUGAACACUGAGGAUGUGACUAAUGACAUCAAUGACCCUGAUUAUUUCUCUGUAUCUUCUAUAAUUGAAAAUGCCAACAAGCACGCUGAUGACAUCAAUGACCCUGAUUAUUUCUCUGUAUCUUCUAUAAUUGAAAGAGCCAACAAGAAUGCUGGAUACCUGAAGGAUGGUAUGAUCAUUACACAUGGUGACAUAGCGGUGUACCCUGGGCUCAAGAAUGCAGAUCCUUGUACUUCUCGCCAGUGCAAGUGGCCCAGGGCCAGUGAUGGGAAGGUUAAAGUACCCUUUGUCAUUUCCGGACAGUAUGCAACCUCUGAAAGAAACAUUAUCGAGCGUGCCCUGAACUCCUUCAGAACUUCAACCUGUAUCCAAUUCGUACCUCGCAGAAAUGAAGAAAACUUCAUUCAUAUACUCUCAGACCAGGGCUGCUACUCUUCAGUGGGUCGCAGGGGUGGAAGGCAGGUUGUUUCUCUACAGCGCAAUGGCUGUGUUUUUCAUCACAUCGUCCAGCAUGAGCUUCUGCAUGCUCUGGGCUUUAAUCAUGAGCAGACUCGUAGUGACCGUGAUAAUCAUGUCAGAAUCCUCUUACAGAAUGUUAUUAAUGGACAACAGCACAAUUUUAAUAAAAUUAACACCAACAAUUUGAACACGCCAUAUGACUACAAUUCUGUCAUGCACUAUUCAAGGUUUGCUUUCUCCAAGAACAGGCAGCCGACCAUCAUCCCUAUUCCGGACAAUAACGCUCCCAUUGGACGUGCCACUGAAAUGAGCCGCAUUGACAUUCUACGUAUUAACAGACUGUACUGCAGUUAAAUGUGUCACUCUUUACAUCACCAGUGUAUUUCAAAUGCUUCUGAAUCAUUUUUAAAUCUGUAUGCAAAGUUUGAAAUGAUUCUGCUGAUGGGUUUUUCCCCUUAAAUAUCAGAUUUGCCAAAACAGCCACCUGGGCACAUUUUGAUAAGAGUUUAUUGCAACUUUUGAUUGACAGUUUCUCUGUUCAGCUAUUACACACCUCUUUUAGCUUCUCUUCCAUCAGAUUUUUAGAAUUUCUAACAUUUCUUCUACUAAAUUUACUAAUCAUGUAGUAUUUUUUGCUAUACAUGUAUUAUACAUUUAUUAUACAUGCUAUAUAUCAAUUGCAAGAAUAAAAAUCAUCCACAGAUCAAGAAA